CCGUUAGCAGCGAAGACAACGACUAACAUCGACGACGGAGAUUGAGUCUCCCGUCGCUUCCGCCCCGUUUCUCAGAGAACCGGAAACCUGGCUGCCCCGGGUCACGUGAUCAACCGCCAUAUUGGCUCUGGGGGCAGAGGCAGCUGGGAGGGGGUGUACUAGAGCGUCGCGCAGCUUCUCUGGGCGUGGUUUUCGUCCUGGGGGAAGUGUCUGUGGAGUGUGAGGGGAGGUGGAGGAGAUGGCGGCGACGGCGCAGGAAGAUGGCGCCCACGGCCAAGAGCGAGGGCAGCGGGGCUGCGAGCACUAUGACAGAGGAUGUCUCCUGAAGGCACCUUGCUGUGACAAGCUUUAUACUUGCCGGUUAUGUCAUGAUAACAAUGAAGAUCACCAGCUAGAUCGCUUUAAAGUAAAGGAAGUGCAGUGCAUAAACUGUGAAAAAAUUCAGAAUGCCCAACAGACUUGUGAAGAAUGUAGCACAUUGUUUGGAGAAUAUUAUUGCAGUAUAUGCCAUCUGUUUGACAAAGAUAAGAAGCAGUAUCAUUGUGAUAGCUGUGGAAUUUGUAGGAUUGGUCCAAAGGAAGAUUUUUUCCACUGUUUGAAAUGUAACUUAUGUCUCGCUAUGAAUCUUCAAGGAAAACACAAGUGUAUUGAAAAUGUUUCCCGGCAGAAUUGUCCAAUAUGUUUAGAGGACAUUCAUACAUCUCGUGUUGUUGCUCAUGUCUUGCCAUGUGGACAUCUUUUACAUAGAACAUGUUAUGAGGAAAUGUUGAAAGAAGGUUACAGAUGUCCAUUAUGUAUGCACUCUGCUUUAGAUAUGACUAGGUACUGGAGACAGCUGGAUGACGAGGUAGCACAGACUCCUAUGCCAUCAGAAUAUCAGAACAUGACUGUGGAUAUUCUUUGCAAUGACUGUAAUGGACGAUCCACAGUCCAGUUCCAUAUAUUAGGCAUGAAAUGUAAGAUUUGUGAAUCAUACAAUACUGCUCAAGCUGGUGGACGUAGAAUUUCACUAGAUCAGCAGUGACCAGCCUAUUCUGCACUGGAAAACAGCAUGUUCUGAUAUAAAGAAAGACUUUCCUUAGUAUCUUGUUGUCAGAGUGUGUCAUAAUCUGUGCAUUACGGUUGAUAUGUUUUGUACUAGUAUCACAGCAUAAAAUCAUGUUAUAAGUACUUAAGGAUUCAGGGUCUCUUUAUAGAAUUAUCAUAGCUCUAUGUUCAAUAAAAGCCACUGUGCUGUGUUUUGAUUGGAAAUUCCUUUAGUGUCAGUUGUUUGGAAGCCAAUGAUGUCUGCCAGAUAUUCACAUUCAUAUAAGUAUGUUAUAUUUUCAUGUAAGUUUGCUUUAAGUGACAUUGUGCACAUAGAGUUCAUUUCUAGUUUUUGCUAGAACUGUACUUAAUUCUCAGUAGUAUUCUUCUUAAGGGCUGUGCUAUAAUAAGAAUAAGUUCUACGUUAUUGUUAAAAUCUAAU